AUGUUUGGAACUUGCUGGGGAAUCCUCUCUCUGCUUCCAGGUCAUAUCAGCGAAGUGGUGGCUCCUGCUCUCGUUUACGGAGUGGUGGGAAUUGCCCUUGUCCUCUACAUCUCGCUGAGAACUUUCGGUCGCGUGGAUGUCUUUAUAGGUACCGGCGAUGAUUUGAAGCGUGUCUACAGCAAGAUGGCAACAGCCCAGCGAACUCCCAGCCCCCCGCUGUGGGCCUUUGGAGGAAAUCUGCAGUUUGUUCCGUGGAUCAUAUACAACCUGCUGUCUUCUAAGCUCUUUCCCCUCAUCUACGAGACGCAAAUUUUGACAGUGAAGGGCCUCAAGGACAAGACAAAACCUGAGAGUGAGGACAACCCACGCUGCAUGGAAGAUGACGUGAUCGUCAACUAUUUUCCUCCAGUGACGAAGAGUUCCAGCUCUUCGUGCUCGCUGCCCUCCGACGCGCCAGUCAUUAUAGUUGAGCCGGGGCUGACAUGUACAGCCCAGGACAUUCCCGGCUCUUCUUUUCUGCGUCGAGCAGUCAGCCGCGGGUUUCGAGUCGUAGUCAUCGAGCGCCGGGGCCACGCGCGAGCACUCCGCUGUCCCCGAUGGAAUCUUUUUGGUGACUCG